GUGUUGAGCUCUCCAAGCGGCUGGAUGCUACCUAGUAUUUCCGUAAACCCAAUCAAACUGCUCUCUAUUGGCGCCAUAAGAGCGGAAGAGGGGUUGUCGGCAUUUUGCACCUUGCUCAGCGAAGCUCGUCACUUCCGUGUCGGUUGCGUACCUCUAUUAACGAUGGAGUUUGACAACAUAUCACAAGUUUUGACAGCUAUCCUCACCACACUGCUCAACAUAGAUCACCGGCGAUGUCAGGUCUAGAAGUUGCAGGUCUCAUUCUGGGAGUACUGCCCAUUGCGGUUAAGACAUUGCAAACCUACAAAAAGGCCCUAUCCUCCUAUAGGAACGCCGUGCGAUUCAUCCAUGCCCUCGAGUCGGAUUUGACGAACGAGCAUUGCAUUUUGACAUGCACUUGUGAAUUGCUUCUUCAGGGCAUCGCGCCCAUCUCCAAGGUUGACAUAAUGUUGAAGGAUCCUUUUGGCCACGAAUGGAAGGGAGAGCAGUUCAAUCGAGCACUUCGUCUUCGGCUGGGACAGUCGUAUUCGUCCAUCGAAAGUGGAAUACAGAAUCUAAAGGAACUGGUAGACGAGCUGGUAAUAAAGCUAGGACUUGGCCCAGACCUCAAGUGUUCACUCUUUACGAAAGAGGACAUCUAUUCCGAGAUCAAGAAAAAGACUGCUUUUACUCUCAAGAAGGAAGAUUAUGACACGGUUCUUGCCAGAAUCCAAUCGACAAACUCAAGCCUCUACAGGCUUGUCGAUCUCAACAAAGGGCUAGAGCCUCACCGACGGUAUCGCUCUCAGUGGCGCUUCACCCAGCUAUUGCGAGAUAUUUCACAAAGCCUGUCCAAUGCUCUCGAUGGAGCUACAGCAGCCUGCUGUGCAAGACCCCACGAUGCAUGCUUCAAGCUCAACCCAAGACCUUUGGAGAUGGAUCCCGGCAGUACUGAGAAUGAAAUGGCCAAGGAUCUGGAUUUUUCAGUGUCGUUGGAGCUGUAUACAAAUGGCUCAAUAUCAGUUGGGUCUACGGCAGAACCAUCGCGCUGGCAUAAUCUCUCGAUUAGUAUCGUCAGUCUCGGUAGUCGUAAAGCCGACGACCACGUACCAAGAACACUCAGCCUUCGCCCAUCAUCAACUAAGCCUGCGAGACAGUUAUCACACAAAACUGGGCAAUCAAAAACAGCCGAACGACCCCCGGAGGGUUCGAAUAGGCGAGGAUCUCAGUCACUCCUAGGACAUGCUUUGCAGAGUAUAGAAAGUAAGGGAAAGGCAGUCAAUGCGAUGAUCAAAGGUUCUUUGGAUAUGAUCAUCGAGCCUAAAGGUAAACAACAGGCUGUGGGCUGCUUCAAGACAUUGGCGCCGAAUUCUGUUGAUGGAAUAUGUCAGCUCAUUCGAAGGCAUGAGAAAUAUCCUGCUACGGACAGUGGGCGGGUUUUUUAUGGAAAUAUCGUGGAUCGUGAAGAUCCUGAGCGCCGGUUCGGACUGUACGCGCCAACGCCGCUGAUGUCGAAAGGCCAACACAUACCCGAGGCUCCCUUUAUUCUUCGCUGGCAACCGGGCGAUUUACCAUCUAGUUUGACCUUGCGUCAACUACUCAACCGCACGCAUGAUGCUCGUCUCCAGCAGGGGAGUAACGGACCUCUGAUUUGGCUAGAGUUCCAAGACCAGCUUCAGCUAGCCGUCAGCAUUGCCGUCAACAUCCUUCACCUCUACAGUAGCCCAUGGCUGCCCAAGAUCAUCACACUCGACGAUAUCUGGUUCCGCCUUGAAGAUGAACCCUUAGACUCCAAUUUUUCAUCUGGGUUUCCUUACCGCCCUUUCAUCAAGAAGUCAAUGCCAUUGUCCGCCGCUUCCUCUGCAAUGCCCGGGACAACUGGGUUCAUGCCAAGAUCCCGAAAAAGAGAGACAACCGUCUUCUCCUUUGGUCUGAUCUUGAUACAGAUUAUGCUCGGACGGGUAAUUGACGAAUUGGACAUGAAGUCAACAUCAGACGAACAGGGUGCUGCUACAUCUGGAGCAGGGCAAUCUACUAGCGACACCGCAAACAACGUCGCAACGAUGAGUUUGGAUGACUACAUGGAGAAACACAAACUUGGUAAGGGAUUCGAGGGCGCGGUUCUCGCAGAAGCGGGACCAGAAUACACCUCGGCUGUAACGCGCUGUCUCGAGAGUUUCAUCAACAUUGAAGGGUUGCAAAGCGAGAAAUUCUGUCAGGAGUUCUAUGUCGAAGUGAUAUCCAUGCUGCAGGAGGCGCUCGACAAGUCCAUGGAAUUAUGAACAAGUAUCUACCUAGGUUAGCACAUAUCAAUAUCAUGGGUUUCAGUCAAAUCGCAGGAAAUUUCGCCUCACCUCUAAAUGAAUUU